GGCGUCGGGACGCUGGUGCUGGGCGCAAGUUCAGACCUCAUUACGCUGGAUAUCUUACGGCUUCUACCGUGGGCAAGCACGUCAAGAUGGGUGACAGCGCCGGACCUCCGGCACGAGCUUGGGACGGUAUACAACCGAUGCCACGGCGACCCCCGAAGUGGGCAGACAACAGUCAGUCUGAGGCAAGCUAACUGCGACUGGAUGGCUUGAUCCCGGCAUGCUGAGCACGAGUCUGGGACGUUGUCGCGAAGAGUACGAGAUACUAGGAGCCAGACCCCCAACCACCUCAGCGUCGCGAGACGGAGCCUUGGCCUUUGAUUCCACGGAUGCAUCUGGCCGGCGAUCCGCGAUCCGCGAUCGCCUGCUACAUACCAAGGCGAGAUCCCACGGACUGCCGUCCAUGUCCGGUUGCUCUUCGGCUGUAGCUGAGCGACCGCGAUUCCAGUCACCCGGCGGGCCGGCCGGCCUCGGUCGGGAUCCGAGGCACGUGAGGCUGGGAAGCAGUCUGGCGUCAAUUCGUCAAGCGGAAUGGAGACGUGGAGAUAGAGCUCGACUCUGCGGAGCGCUGAGCAGCAUGAGCAUCAGCUGGCAGGCAUGCGAGAGGCAGUUCCCAAGCCCCUCAGUGGCGCAGUCGUGUCCAUGCCCGACUGCAGGCCGAUCGAGGCAUGCGCACGCUACCGUCACAGUUAGUGAUGAUGUCACUGCACCGCAUCAUUUUCCGCAGCAGCAUCUGCUGGAGCUCAUGGACAUUCACAGGCGCGUGGCAUGCUUCUGAUACGCUAUGAUGACUGUUUGCGAUGAACCACGGGCCAUGGGCCAUGUCGGAGGGUGGUAGGCUGCGCCACCGCGGACGCAGGUGCAGGGUGUGUUACAUGAAGGCAUUGUGCCGAGGCGGAGAUGCGGAGCGGACUGGAUUUCGAAACGGAGGCGCGGCGAAGGGAGGCGCAAGGCGCG